CCCGAAUUGCGUCAGAAGCGCCUCUUCGUCUGCAUCUAUAAAACUGUCGGCGACGAGAGAAUCCCACCGGAAACCUAACUCUUUCCGGUGAAAACGCCGCCGAGCUGUAAUUCAUCUCAAUCUGAGUCUUCAGUUUCGAUUCUCUGCCGAUUAAGAUGGAAGGAGGUGAAGGAAGUAGCGCCGCCGCGGGAGUGGUUCCGGAAUCAGCAAUGGAGGCUGUGAAACAAACGCUGGCCUACCUCAAGGAACUGAAACCGCAGCUUGAGCAGAUGGUGGCUUUAGCCGAGCCAGAGGUUCUUGCCCAAAUGCAGCCAUUGAAGCGAGCUAAGGUUUUGUUCUUGCUCGCCCAAGCCACAACAACUAUUUUCGAUCUGAGGCUGAGAUGUACUGGCGCUGAUCCCGAUGAUCAUCGUGUGAAAUCGGAAAUUGAGCGGCUAAACGUGUACAGAGAGAAGUUACAGCGGUCUAUGGAUCAAAGCAAAGAACCGUUGCGUCCGAGUACUGUCUUAAAUCGUCAGGCAGCAACUCGUUUCAUCGAACACUCUCUGCCUGAUCUUACAUCGGCCCAAAAGCAAAACAUUAGAGACCUCAGUAAAGGAGAGAAAUCAAGGAUCAGGUAUUCAGAAACAAGUGCGAAAAAGAGGAAAUACCAAUCAAAUGAGAAACAGUCUGUUCAGUCUGCUGCAAAAGAAUUUCUUGAAAAGGCAGCUCGUGAGCUUAAUGGUAACAAUGAAAAUGGUUUGAAGGGACCUCUAAUGGCGGCAGCUGAUGGUUCAGAUGAUGUUGAAGUUGGUACAGCUUGAUUACCACCAAAUUUAUCAUGCUGCUUCUCCUUUUUGGAUUGUGUUUGUGGCAUGCACCAUGGUGACGUCACCAUCGUUCUUCCGAGAGAAGUUGGUUUUCUCAACUCAUCUAUAAUGGUGUGUUUUUUUUUGUUGGAACUAUAGUUAGGAUUGGUGUAUGCUGUACAUUGCAUUAUGUUAGCAACUGAUUUCAGAAGAAGUUCGUCUAAUAUAAUCGGGAAUACACCAU